AUGACCGGCACCCAAUGGCAACACCCCAAGCUGCCCUCCGUUCUCCCCUCUGUGCCAGCAGUUCAAGAUGUUACAACCACACCUGAGCAAGUGAAUGCGGGCAUGGCCCGCAUAACCAAUCCUUCAGAGACGCCCAUUUACAUCUGCGCUCUGGAUAAUUGUUACCGGCUUUUUCCCUCUCGAGAGCGCGUAAUGGCCCACAGGAAGCGGGACCACGACUCAGAGGACCAAGACGACAUCAUCACUUGGAAUGAGUGA